AUGGCGAGCUUCUCGAGCUGCUCUUCUCUCCCCCUAGUCAUCCUCUUCCUGGGCUUGUUGUCCUUCGCCCAAGUCACCCUCGCCGGACGUAGCGUCCCCGCGAACUCAGACAAGAAGGAGACGGAGUGCGUCGGCCAAGAAGGCACGGUGCUGAUCCCCGGCGUCGGGCGGUACAAGAUCGGCAGCCAUGAGAUGCCUGCGCUUCGUGGUUUGGACCACAGUGGCCCGGCGGCUGCUCAUGGUCAGUAUCUUCCUGGGAACGACGACACCUUCGUUCCCAACCCCGGGUUUGAAGUCCCCAAUCCGUUCCGCGUAGUGAUUCCGUGA